UUUGAUGACAGGUGGUAUUCCUGGUGGAAUUCCCGGUGCAAUUCCAGGAGGAAUAGCUGGUGGAAUUCCUGGCAUACCCACAGGUGGGGGCAUGCCCGCAGAGAACCCGGCCUCCUCACCCAGCAGUGCGGGAACAAACGCUGCCCAGCAGCAGCUGAUGCAACAGAUGCUCCAGAUGUUUGCGGGAGGAGGCGGAGGAAGUGCAACGACCCAGACCCCAGAGGUGCGGUUCCAGUCCCAGCUGGAUCAGCUGAGCGCCAUGGGCUUCAUCAACCGCGAGGCCAACCUGCAGGCCCUCAUUGCUACUGGAGGAGACAUCAAUGCCGCUAUUGAGAGACUGCUGGGCUCACAGCCCUCGUAAAGACAUACAGUACAUACUGACACACAGACACGUGCAUACACACAUACACACCUAACUCAUAAACACACCCAGCAUCUACAGAGAACCAAGAGAAAUUUAAGUGUAUUGUCCCAAACUUUGCUGAAGAAACUUGGGCAGGAUCUGUAAGACCCUCAUUCUACAUCUGUUCUCAGAUCAUUCCCUAGUCCCCAUACUUUUUUGGCACCAUCCAAUCAGAUCUCUGUCCCAGAGUGCUGCUGUAGAGCCGGACUGAACCACUCUCACCGUGAGGGGUGUUCUGGUGCAGAGAAAAGAGUGAGAACCUCUCCUGAAAAGGGACACCCAACCAUUUCUUCAUUCAUUGUUUUCUUCACAUAAAACUGGAGUCGAGUGUUGCAGACAAACAUUUACAUAAAACACAUUAAACCCG